AUUACUAAUUACACCAUUGCCAUGCCCUCACUGUAAUGACAGUGUCAGGUUUCCGUGUUUGGGCUCUCCAAGGUGAUUGUGGUUCGCAGUUAACAUUGUAUUUUUGUCGGAUGCAACGCCAACAGUGACUAAAAGUUUAUUACUGUAUAAGAGUGCUUCUUUACAUUAUUUCUAUUUCAUUCAUCAUGCCCCUUGCAUGAGUUAUACUACGUGGCUAAAGGAAAACUUGAUUCUAAAGAGAUGAACAACAACACAUGUGGUACAGUUGAUCAAUCUUCCACACUCAACAAUGAUUUGUUUGAGCUGGUUUGGGAAAAGGGUCAGAUUUCAGUGCAGGGUCAGUCCAGCAGAGCUAGAAAGAACCCAAAUUGUAAAAGUUUUCCAUCUCACAGUCCAAGGAGGGAAGUAGGAUAUAUUAAUGCUAAUGCUAAUAAUGUUACCAAUACAAGGAUAGGGAAGUAUGAGAAUUUAGGUGGUGAAUUGGAUGUAAGUGAAAAAGAGGAAGACAUGGUGAUGCCUUGGUGGAAUUAUGGAGUGGAUGACUCUUUGCAACAUGGAUAUAAUUCUGAUUUAUUCCAUCAACUAUCUGGGGUCACCAUGAAUGGCCUCUCAUCCUCAGAUAAUUUUUCUUUGCUAGAUAGAAGAAAUAAUUGUAACAAGGUAUCUAGGGACACUCAUAAACACUCUUCAUUUGCAUCUGUAUCCAGGGUAGAAAAUAUAGCUGAAAACAACACAAAAGGGGAAGACACUCAGAUUCCAUCUUUCUCAAGUGGUUUUUCCAGCUUAAAGAUGGAGAGGCAAGGUUUAACUAUGUGUAGCAAUAGUUCCACCGUGAUGAAUUUUUCCCAUUUUGCAAAACCCGCUGCUAUGGUCAGAGCGAACCUUGAGUACUUGACAUCAAGAUCAGCAAGUGUUGGAAUAAAGAAUAGAGGUGCUGCUGCAACUGCAACCAAUCCAGAUGAACCAAAGAAAUUAGGCACACAUAGUUAUCGUCAUCAAGUUAUAGAGCCAAAAUCUGUUGAACAUGAUGGUGUUGUUUCUACAAAGUGUGACCCUUCUUGGAAAGAUAUAUCCAAGAUUGGUCAAACUUCAAACCUAGUUGUUGGUGAAAGUGAGAAUAAAGGAGAAGAAGCUGCUGCAAAAAAUGUGGAGCCAACUAUAGUCUCUUCCUCUGUUUGUUCUGGCAAUGGUGCAGAGAGGGGUUCGGGUGACCCAAAUCAAAAUUUGAAGCAAAAAAGUAGAGACACUGAGGACUUUGAGUGGCAAAGUGAAGAUUUAGAGGAAGAAUCAGUUGGUGUUAAAAAGGAUGUUCCUGCACCACGUGUUGGCUCCAAGAGAAACCGUUCAGCUGAAGUGCAUAAUCUAUCUGAAAGGAGACGAAGAGACAGGAUUAAUGAAAAGAUGCGUACGUUACAAGAACUCAUACCAAAUUGCAAUAAGGUUACCUCUUCUCUCUGUUUAUGCUUGGCGGAUAAAGCUUCAAUGUUGGACGACGCGAUCGAGUAUCUUACAACACUUCAACUACAACUUCAAAUAAUGUCAAUGGGAAGUGGUUUAUGCAUGCCUGCAAUGAUGUUACCUCCGGGAAUGCAACACAUGUAUGGUUCACCACAUAUGAGCCCUUAUUCAGGAAUAGGUGUUGGCAUGCAAAUGAGGUUAGGAAUGGGCAUGCAUGAUGGUAACGAUGAGUGUUAUAGAUUUCCAAUGAUUCAAGGAAAUCAACAUACACAAGUGUUUGGGCUCCCCAUGCCAAUGCCACAUGCUCCCAUCUUUUCCUUUUCAGCAGAUCAACCUUUUAUGAGCCCAUCAACUUUAGGGUUAAAUGCAUGUGAAACUAUGGAUCCAAUGCCUCAACAUGUACAAAACAACAACGCUUGUUCAACGAAUCAGGUGUUGCUAUAAUCAUGACAAUAAGUUAACCAUUUUGGUUUGCCCAUUAACCACUUUUGAUUUAUGUUCAAUUCUCAGGGAAAGCUUGAAAACUUUCUUACCCUCAACCACAACUUUACGAUACCUCAUCAUAAAACAAAAAGGAGCAACUAGCGUCUAU